AUGUGGGCUUUCGCUAACAGGCUACAUGACUUUUCCGAGUGUGCUGAGUCCAACUCCCUCAGCGCAUUCCUCAGUAGCAGCUCAACUAUCCCCUUGUGCUUUCUUUCCUAUCCUCGAGGCAUUCCUCAUAGCAUCUCCACCCUGACUCACCAAGGCUCGAAUUCGAUAAAUUCCCCCUCUUCUUCGCCCUCAUUCCGACAUCCACCCGCUUCAAAAUACGACUACCUACAUUUAAUUACCUUCGCCGAGCGCCCCAUUUACAUCGGCAAUCCCAUCUAG